AGUCCCUGACGAUGACUUUUGUCGAUUGGAUAAUUGUGUUCAAUUGUUUGAUGUUAUGCUCUGUCGUUUAUACUCAGAAACAGUACAGAGCAGGAGUCUACGCCCAUCGUGUUAUCCAGCCAAAUGGAACACACACAAAUGUUAGCAGACAGAGGGCGUUAGAUAAUAUGAUGAAUAAUAUAGAUAUCUAUAACAAUGUAGCUUCAGAGGCAAAGAAUCAAGGUGUUCAAAUACUUGUUUUUUCUGAUGAUGGUCUAUACGGGAAUGACUUCACAAGGCAAGGAAUUGAACCGUAUCUAGAAUAUAUCCCCGACCCCACCAAAGACACGUGGAAUCCAUGUACUAAUCCCCAAAAAUAUAACAAUAACAGUGACAUUUUGUGGAAUUUAAGUUGUAUUGCGCAGGCCAAUAACAUUUACAUGGUUGUUAAUAUGGGAAGUUUCCAAACAUGCAAUAAAUCAAGUGAUUCUAAUUGUCCAACUGAUAGUCACUAUCAAUUCAAUACAGAUGUUGUUUUUGACCACAACGGAACACUGAUAGCUCGAUAUCAUAAAACACAUUUAUACAAUGAGGAUCAGUUUGACGCACCAGCGGAACCGGAACACAUAUAUUUCGAUACUCCAUUCGGAAGAUUCGGACUGUUUACCAGUUUGGAUAUGGUUUAUAAGACGCCAGCAAUCAGUUUAAUCGAAAAAUACAAUAUAACAGAUGUUGUUUACCCGGCAGCUUGGACUGAUACUCCACCUUUAUUUUCUUCAAUACAGUUCCACUCUGCAUUUGCCAUGGGAAUGGGGAUAAACUUGCUUGCAGCCAAUCUCCAAGUUCCGGAAGAUUCAAUCUACGGUUCAGGCAUUUAUACAGCAAACGGUUACAAAACUUUUUAUAAUGAUAAAAGUAACCAACCUAAACUUCUAGUGGCCGAUUUGAAUUCAAAUUACAAAGAAGAUGUUCAUGCCAAAGAGGAAACAGAGAUAAAUCGUAAACAAAACGCAACCUCACAUUCAAAACACGAUUCGGUUAAAAAGACAUCUUCUGAAAAUGAUGAGCAUGAUACUCCAUCAAAAACAUCUGGAACUUUUCAGGGGGAAAUAUUCAACGAUACCUACACUAUGAAAAUAUUAGAAAACUCUGGCGACAUUGUAACUGUGUGUGAUAAUAGUUUGUGUUGCGAAUUUGACUAUCAGAUGAUGGAAGGAUCGGGAAAGCUCGUUGCUUUUGGCGCCUUUGAUGGUCUUCAUACGUAUUUACAUAGAAUGUAUUUACAAGUGUGCGUUGUUUUAGAAUGUGCCGGAAGUAGUCCACAGACUUGUGGGAUACUAACGGAAGAAUCGAAUUUGUACUUCCGGGAGUUUAGGCUUAUGGGUAACUUUUCAACGAAAUAUGUUUUCCCGGAAGUUCUUGUUAGUGAUUCCGGUAGAAAAACCUUGGCAUCUGGUGCUCUCUAUGAUUUUCAUGAUGGAGUAUUAGAAGUUAUUAAUGGUUUACGAUUACCUCUUAUUUCAGCGUUUCUUUUAUCAAGAGACUAUGCAAGAGAUUAG